ACCAUUCUCAACAGCAUCAUGGACACCGACGAUCUCAAGCAAUUCCUCUCACAGCUCUUCCCCCCUUCGUCGUUCACACCCUACCUCUCCCACCCCUCGCUCACCCCCGCACUGUACUUCUGCGCAUUCAACAUCCUAUGGACCUACGUCGCCGGAGAGAUAACAGGCAACUUCUCCCAGGUCGAUAGAGUGUGGACGUUCUUACCUGUCAUAUAUACCGCGUGGUUCACUCUCUGGCCUGUGUGGAACGGCGAGGAACUCAGAACGAGGGGCGUGCUCAUGCUCGCCUUGCAGAUCACUUGGAUGCUGAGGUUAUCAUACAACACCUUCCGGCGAGGUCUCUUCUCACUGUCAGACGAAGAUUACCGCUGGCCGAUAUUCCGUGCUAGCCAGCAUUGGCUGCUCAUCAAGGUCUUCCACUUUGGCUUCAUCGCUGUAACCCAAAACUUCCUCCUUCUCGGCAUUGGGCUCCCAGCAUACUGGACACUAUUCGACCCCCCCUCCCCGCUCCAAACCUCUGACUCCAUCCUCUCCGUUCUCGCCCUCCUCCUUCUCCUGCUCGAGUUCACCGCCGACAACCAACAAUACGCCUACCAGUCAUUCAAGCACUCCUCGGGCAAGCCAGGCGCUAUCCGCUGGCCGGGGGCAAGACAGGCUUGGACAGAGGCAGAUAAGAGACGAGGGUUUGUCAGUCGGGGACUGUGGGCUUGGAGCCGACACCCGAAUUUCGCAUGUGAGCAGCUCUUUUGGUUUGUCCAGAACCUUUUCCCUCUCCUCGGGAGCCCCACCGCUCGCCCCUUGCUACCGAGCACAAUCCCCUACCCUCUCACUCCUAUCCUCCCCUCUCUCUGCCUCUCGCUGCUCUUCGUCGCCUCCACCGCGUAUACAGAAUCUAUCACCCUUUCCCGCUAUCCGGAAGCGUACAAGGCUUAUCAAGCACGGGUGGGCAAGUUCAGCCCAGGGUAUACGGUCAUGAAGUGGUUUUGGCUCGGUGUGACGGGGAAGAGGGAGAGGGUGGAGAGGCUCGUUUGGGGGGAAGCAGAGGAGGGGGAGGCGAAGAAGCAGAGAUAGCAUGUGUGUAUGUGUGUAUUAUAUAGAAUACGCUUGAGUUUGUG